AUGCCUCCGAAAAGAACAUGUAUUGGAAGGGUUGAUCCCAACGCAAAGAGGAUGAGAGCAGCGCGAGAAAGCGAAACCUCAGAGCAACACGAAGCACGUCUUGAAGCUGAACGUACAAGAAUGUCUCAGUCACGAGCUUCAGAAACAUUAGAAGAACGCACACAGCGCCUCGCAGACCAGCGUCGAAGAAACUCUCAAAUAACGGCAACGGAAACAUUGGAGGAGCGCGAGGAUCGCCUUAAUUCCAUGCGAUCAAGGAUGCGUGACUUGAGAGCUGGUGAAACAAUGGAGCAGCGGCAACUUCAACGUGAACAGGAUAGGGUCAGGAUUGCUGAGAGGCGUGCACUAGAAACACAAGAACAAUACAGAGAAAGACUUGAGGCACACAGAGCACUAGCUGCUGAGUACAGGAUUUUGGAAACUUCUGCACAAAGUCAGGCAAGACUUGAGGUUCUCCGUCUGAACGUUGCUCAAAGGCGUGCAGCAGAAACAUUCGAUCAGCACGAAUCACGCUUAGAGUCAGAUCGUCAACGUCAUGCUCAAACACGGCAAGCAAAUAGAUGGGCUAACUUAAGAUGA